AUGGGAAGGGGAAGGGUUCAGCUAAGGCGGAUCGAGAACAAGAUAAGGAGGCAAGUGACAUUUUCAAAGAGAAGAACGGGUUUGGUGAAGAAAGCUCAAGAGAUCUCUGUAUUAUGUGAUGCUGAUGUUGCUUUGCUUGUCUUCUCUCCAAAAGGCAAGCUCUUUGAGUACUCUGCUGGUUCCAGCAUGGAGAGAAUUCUUGAACGAUAUGAGAGAUGUUCAUACGCCGGACAAGAUGUUACUACACCCAGUUUGAAUUCACAGGGUGAGUGUUCAACAGAAUGUUCGAAGCUCUUGAGGAUGGUUGAUGUUAUGCAAAGAAGCUUAAGGCACUUAAAUGGAGAAGAGGUGGAUGCUCUAAGUAUCAGAGAGCUUCAAGAUCUGGAGAUGCAACUUGAUACUUCUCUCAAGAAGACUCGCUCUAGAAAGAAUCAGCUCAUGGUAGAGUCCAUAGCACAGCUCAAGAAAAAGGAGAAGGAACUCAAAGAACUGAAGAAACAACUAACAAAGAAGGCUGAUCAAACAGAAGACUUUGAGUCACAAAAUCCUAUCCAAGAAUUAGCCUCACUGGCAACACCACCAUGUGAGCCACCACAGCCGUUGCCCGGGCCUCUAGCUCCCAAUCCUCUUCUAUCUCUUGGGGACACAUCGGAAAGGAAUGAAGAUGGAGAAGUAGAUGCCGGAACCCUAAUUCGGUUGACAAAUACAACGUUGCCGCACUGGAUGCCCCGGCUCGCUGGAGGAGAAUAGAGGUCCCAAAACCAUCAUGGUUUGUUAAUUUUUCAGUACUUAAUAAGUGGAACCAAGUUAAAUAUCAGGAUACAUUUUAUGUUUUGGCAUUCUUAUAACCUGCAGAAGAUGUCCCCAAGUUUUCAAAAUUCAUUUCAUUCGAAACGAAUUUUAGAAACAAUGUAUCUCGAACUUGAUUCUGUAUAUUUUAUUAAAGAUUGUACCUUACAUUUUGUGGAUUUAUUUUCUCC